GGUUAUGGCUCGCUUCGCAGCCAGACUGGGCGCCCAGGGCCGGCGGGUAGUGUUGGUCACGUCUGGCGGCACUAAGGCCCUUCUGCGAUGUUUUACCUGGCUGCGGCCGUGUCAGAUUUCUAUGUUCCUGUAUCUGAAAUGCCCGAACACAAGAUCCAGUCAUCUGGGGGCCCACUGCAGAUAACAAUGAAGAUGGUGCCAAAAAUGCUUUCUCCUUUGGUUAAAGAUUGGGCUCCCAAGGCAUUUGUAAUUUCUUUUAAAUUGGAGACCGACCCCUCCAUUGUAAUUAAUCGUGCCCGGAACGCUUUGGAAGCUUAUCAACACCAAGUGGUGGUGGCUAAUAUCCUUGAAUCACGACAUUCCUUUGUGGUUAUCGUAACUGAAGAUUCAGAAACCAAAUUAUUUCUAUCAGAAGAAGAAGUAGAAAAAGGCAUAGAGAUAGAAGAGAAGAUAGUAGAUGAUCUUCAGUCUCGACACACAGCUUUUAUAUGUGACAAAAACUGAAGCGAGAAGCCCUUAUAGGAUCAAAAAUUGUUCAAUGGACCAGAACUCUUAUGUUGAGAACUAGAAUAAAUCCUUUGCUUACAUAAGAACAAAGAAAAUGAAGGUAAGGGAAAAAGCAGUGGUGUGCAGGCAGAUACGGUUUGGUAUUUUAAUGACUGAACCCUCUGACACACUCACCUGAAUGUCAUCUCAAUUUUGCAGUUGAACACUAGAGCUGUUUCUUACCUUUAAAAAAAAGAGCUUAUUGGGAAUUAUAUAUUCCUCAAAAUAUACAUCAGCCUUCUUCAUGUUAUAAAAAGAGGAUUAUGGAUGCAUGAGUGGUCAUGCUUUGAAGAUCAAAUAUUGUUGAGUACCUACUAUGUGCCAGGCCCUGUGCCGAGCUGUGAGGAUUAAAAAGAUGAAUGAA